AUGUCAUCACAACAAAUAUUUGUAGCUCCUAUGGGACUUUACUUCAGUGAGAUCCACUACCAGGUCUUCGAAGGGCGAUGUCUCAACUGGCUGGACUUCAGGGGUCGGCUGGGGUCCUUGCUUGGCAUUGUUUUGGAAAUAAGUGGGGCAUCGGCAGGUGACCGGGGCACACAGGGAAGCCAAGCUUGUGAUGAAAUAGUAGCAACUCAGAGUGGUCUCCAGGGCCAUUUCUCCCCAGUCUCCGUAGGGGCAUCUGGAGUGUUGGAACCUGUUGGGUGGAGUGGAGCCAUCUUCCUGCCAGCUCAAGACUUUCUGAACUCUCUGGCAACAAUGCCGGUGGGGCUGGCAGGACUGAAGCUGGGGGGCUGUCUGCAUCAAAAGGCUUUCGACCACAUAAAAGAAGCCUUGCUGUCUGCCCCCGCUUUGGCUCUCCCAGACCUCACCAAACCGUUUACUCUAUACGUAGAUGAAAGAGCCGGUGUGGCCCGAGGAGUGCUUACUCAGACCCUAGGACCAUGGCGACGGCCAGUAGCUUAUCUAUCAAAAAAACUGGAUCCAGUGGCCAGUGGGUGGCCAACCUGCCUAAAAGCGGUUGCUGCAGUGGCACUCCUCCUCAAAGACGCUGAUAAGUUAACCUUGGGGCAAAAUGUGACUGUGAUUGCUUCCCACAGCCUCGAAAGUAUCGUGCGGCAGCCCCCCAAUCGGUGGAUGACCAAUGCCAGAAUGACUCAUUACCAGAGUUUGCUGCUAAACGAAAGAAUAUCGUUCGCGCCCCCUGCUGUCCUGAACCCAGCUACCCUACUACCAGUCGAGUCAGAAUCCACUCCAGUACACCAGUGCUCAGAAAUCCUUGCUGAGGAAGCUGGGACUCGACGGGACCUGAAGGACCAGCCAUUGCCCGGAGUGCCUGCCUGGUAUACAGACGGUAGCAGCUUCAUUGCGGAAGGUAAAUGGAGAGCAGGGGCCGCCAUCGUAGACGGCAAACGGACGGUGUGGGCAAGCAGCCUGCCAGAAGGGACAUCAGCCCAGAAGGCCGAGCUAAUAGCCUUAACGCAGGCAUUACGCUUAGCCGAAGGGAAAAACAUCAACAUCUACACGGACAGCAGGUAUGCUUUUGCCACUGCUCACAUUCAUGGGGCAAUAUAUAAACAGAGGGGAUUGCUCACUUCUGCUGGAAAAGACAUUAAAAAUAAACAAGAAAUUCUGGCUCUGCUAGAGGCCAUUCACCUCCCUAAGCAGGUCGCCAUUAUCCACUGCCCGGGCCACCAGAGAGGGAAUAACCCUGUGGCGGCCGGGAACCGGAGGGCUGACGAGGCUGCAAAACAAGCCGCCCUGUCGGUCAAGGUGCUAACAAAAACUACAAAGCUUCAAGAGCCAAUCGAGCCUGCUCAAGCUAGGACCAAGCCAAGAGAGCUCACUCCUGACCAGGGAAAAGAAUUCAUUCAGCGGUUACAUCAGCUAACACACUUAGGACCAGAAAAGCUCCUUCAACUAACGAGCCGCACCAGCCUCUCCAUCCCGAAUCUCCGGUCCACCGUUCAAGAAGUCGCCAAUCGGUGUCCGGCUUGCGCCAUGACUAAUGCGGCUACCACCUACCGAGAGACCGGAAAAAGACAACGGGGAGAUCGACCCGGCGUAUACUGGGAAGUAGACUUUACAGAGGCUUUAGAAGUUGUAAAAACCCAGAUCUGGGACCAGAUCAAGGAGGUAUACGAGCCAGGUGCCGUGGCCAUCCCUCAUCCGUUCCAGGUCGGAGACCAAGUGCUUGUUAGGCGCCAUCGGACCGGCAGCCUUGAGCCUCGGUGGAAAGGCCCGUACCUGGUGCUACUGACCACACCAACAGCGGUAAAAGUAGACGGCAUUGCAGCCUGGGUACAUGCUUCUCACCUCAAGCCUGCGCCACCCUCCGUACCAGAUGAAUCCUGGGAGCUGGAGAGGACUGAUAAUCCUCUUAAGUUGCGCAUUCGGCGGCGGCGGAGCAAGCCUACCAAGUAAUAACCCUAACCAGCCCAACACCCUCACCUGGCAGGUACUGUCCCAAACUGGAAAGGUUGUCUGGUUCAAGACAGAAGUCCACCCCCUUUGGACUUGGUGGCCCUCCCUUACCCCUGAUAUAUGUGCCCUGGCGGCGGGUCUCGAGGCUUGGGAUAUUCCAGAAAUUG